AUCCAUAUCGGUUCAAGUCGAAGAAGAAAUAAAACAAAAAUGAAUAAUAAGAAAUGAGAUGGCACAAUCUUAUUGGGUAGCUUAUUUCCCAGUGACGAUGAAAACGUCCUCCUUUUGGAAAUCCAAGGUCUCUUCAUCAUCACAAAUCAUAUUCCAUUUUCAACUCGAUGCUCUAUUUUGUUCAUCCAAAUAUCAUUUUUUUAAGGAUUGAUUCAAUCUAAUCAUGUCUUCUUGAAGCUUCUACAACUUUCAAGAUUUUUAUUUAUUGGUUAUUUCAAUCAGAUUAGGCAUCUCAUCCUCUCCCACUAUCUCUAUCCCGCGCUCCAUCAACACACCAUCUCAUCUUCAUCACGCAACCAUAGAAGGUUAAAGGGCUAUCACAACAUACCUUUGGAAUUUAUAUUUCUUGGUGAAGUCAACCUGAUUUGCAGAUAAUUAACCGGGCUGUGCAAGAUGGUGAGGCUAAAGCCAUAUGCGGGCCUAAGUUUGUUUGCUACAGUUGCGGUUGUUUAUCAUGCAUUUCAUAGUAGAAGGCAGUUUUACCCUGCUAUGGUCUUUCUAUCUACUUCGAAGAUCAGUUUAGUGAUACUCCUAAACAUGGGUCUGGUCAUAUUGUGUUCUUUAUGGAAAUUGGCAAAAUGUGUGUUCCUUGGGCGACUUCGAGAGGCUGAGGUUGAGAGGCUGAAUGAACAAUCAUGGAGGGAGGUCAUGGAGAUACUAUUUGCGAUCACAAUUUUCCGGCAAGAUUUUUCAGUUUCGUUUCUUGCUAUGGUUACUGCCCUUCUGUUGAUUAAGUCGUUGCAUUGGUUGGCUCAAAAGAGAGUGGAGUUCAUUGAAACAACUCCAGCUGUGCCCACAUUAUCUCAUGUUAGGAUCGUCUCUUUUAUGGGAUUUCUUCUUUUCCUCGAUAGCAUUUUCUUGUACAGCUCUUUGAAGCAUCUGAUUGAGACACAACAAGCUUCAGUGUCCAUAUUCUUCUCAUUUGAGUACAUGAUACUUGCGACUACAACAGUAGCAAUGUUUAUGAAAUACGUAUUCUACGUGGGGGACAUGCUUAUGGAAGGUCAAUGGGAGAAGAAGGCUGUGUGUACUUUCUACCUGGAGCUUAUCCGAGAUUUGUUGCAUUUGUCUAUGUACCUCUGUUUUUUUACGGUGAUUUUUGUGAACUAUGGCGUGCCUUUGCAUCUUAUAAGAGAGCUUUAUGAAACUUUCCGUAACUUUAAAAUUCGCAUCGCUGAUUACAUCCGCUACCGGAAGAUUACUUCAAAUAUGAAUGACCGUUUUCCAGAUGCGACAGCAGAGGAAUUAAAUGCAAGUGAUGCAACCUGCAUCAUUUGUCGCGAGGAAAUGGCCAUGGCCAAGAAGUUAAGAUGUGGACAUAUAUUUCAUGUGCAUUGUCUUCGAUCAUGGUUGGAACGACAAAAUACCUGUCCAACCUGCAGGGCCCUUGUUCUACCACCUGAAACUGGGACAACUACGGCUGGAGGGCAAAAUGGGUUGCAGUCUGAUAGUCAUCAAUCUGCAUCAACUAGUACACCUACUCAAGGCUUACCUGGAGCUACUUUGUCAGAGGGCACUAUCAAUGGUAAUCAGGCUAGACUUGAGGCGGCAGCAGCAGCCGCGGCCGCAAUAUAUGAGAGAUCUGUUGUUUACCCUUCUGCCAAUUCAGUAGUAUGGUGCCCUGGAUAUGCUGUUCUUCCGCAUGCUCAUGGUGCAAUGCCUGUCUUAAGCAAUACAAAUUCGGAUGUGGUGCAAGGUUCAGUUGGACAAUAUCAGCAUCAACAGCAAAUGCCCGAUGGGCCUAUAAAUCUUUCUUCUGCAACAUUGUCUCGUGCUGUAUCACCAUUCCAUGUCCCUGGUACUGAUGUGUUGAGGGAGGCAAGCAGUCUUUAUUCAAUUGACUCCCAGAGAAAUUUUAUCGAGCAUCAAAUUAAGGUGUUGCAGAGUCAACUCGAGUAUAUACAGAAACUAGAGCUAGAGAAAGGUGCUAGCUCCAGCCGCUCUGCAUCAACAUUAGUUGAUGCUCAAACUACAGAAUCAACUUCAGAUGCUACUUCUGAGACAAAUGUUUAGAAAUCAAACUUUCGCAUUAAUACGUGCGGAACAGCAAGCAUAAAGAGAAUUUGUGGAUUUUAGAUCUGAGGGGUUUCAGAGUUUUGAAUUUACAGCAGUGUUGUAUCAAUUUUGUUUCUAGGCUUGUGUAAAAUCUUGCUUUUGUUCAUUCGUGUUGGAGUUUAUGCCCCUUUGAUUGUCAAAAUCAAUUCACAUUUUUAUGACGUCUUCUUAAAGGGUUAUGUAGAUAUAAAAGAAGAGAGGUUACAAAAUCUGAAGGCCUCCUGACUUUUGAAGAAUUCUGUAAUGUAGCAUUGUCUUACAUCUAUAUGUGUAACUUGCAUAGCUUUGAAUUCUU